AUGAGUACUAGAACACACACCUCGAAAAGGAGGAGCGAAAAUUCACGUCGACCCAGCGUUCAGUCAUCAUUACCAUUUACUGAACGCACAUCACGGCAAAAUUUACAAACUUCUAACCCCUCUCAAACUUCACAAGUUUCGCAAUCAGCUGCAUGGCAGUCAUUAGAGGACGACUGGAAUUCUAUUGAUGACCAUUCUAUUACCGAUGCUUUAGAAAACGAACUAAUAGAUCCAAGUUUUCAGAAUCCUGAUGAUUUGACACUAGAAAACGACAAUGACCCACAAAGCCCUGCAUUUACAGAACAAUCUACAAGUUUUGCUGCAAACUGGCAGCAUCAACAGCAAACAAAUAACUCAUUUGAUCUUACAGACAACCGACCUUAUUCCAACACUUCUUCUAGACCAAGACAUCGAGAAACCGUUGAAGAAUCUAGAAGCAGCAGUUCUCGCAAUUUGUCUAAUGUCAAUCGUCGAAUACGUCAAGAAGAUAUUGCUGAUGAGGAACUUUUUCAAGAGCUGCGACGUAGGGCUGUGCCUUUAUCUGCAUCUCAAGAAAACAAUAUUAGUGAUAACACCCAAACCACGAUCCAACAAACAAAUCAAGAGCAGGACUCUAAUGUACAACAACAGCAACAGACCGAUACAGAAACUGCCACAGAGAAUAGUCGCUCAAAUUUAAAAAGACCGCGUAUUGAUGAUUUUGAUGAUUUUGUCGAUUUUGAUGAUUUCGAUGAUUUUGACGAGGAUUUCUCCGAAAUUCAAAACAUCUUGGCUAACCCACCCAAAGAACGACCAGAAAACACAGAAGUAUCUGCACUCGAGGCUUUAGAGUGCCCGAUCUGCUAUGAACAGCCUGAUAUUGCAGUAGCUAUGCCUUGUGGACAUUUGUAUUGUAGUGAUUGUGCAGCAAAUGUUGUUGGGUAUAAUCCGCGAUGUAGCAUUUGCCGCAAGCCAGUUAAACUUACGGACAUCCGAUACCUUGAGUUUAAGUUAAUGGCUUCAUGA